UCUGUUCCACUUCCCUUUCUAUUCUAGUAUGCCAAGUGAGAUUUCAUCCACCUCAAAGACAACAGAGUCAGAGAGAGAAGCAGCAGGAGCUAUACAUGGAGAAAUUUCGUACUAUACUGGAUUUGUGCCUCAGUCACAAGAAGGUUUUGGGAUUCAGUGCCGUGUCUCUGCUGACUGCGGGCAGUGAGCGUAUCUUCUCUGUUGUGGUGUUCAAAUGUCCCUGCAAUUCCUGGAGCAUGUGGUAUGGCAUUGCCUUCCUUCUGGUGCCUGCCUUGGUGCUCUUUCUUCUUGGCUACCUGCUGAACACAAAGACCUGGAAAUUGCUCACUGGCUGUUGUGCCUCAGGCAAGAAGUGUAGCUGCAGCAGCCCUGGGCAUCUUUUACGCUGCCUCCAAGUGUUAUGGCUGUCAACUGUAAGUGCUGCUGUGGCCCCACUCACCUGGAUUGCUGUGGCCCUGCUGGGUGCCAGCUUCUAUGAGUGUGCAGUGAGUGGAAGUAGCAAGUUGCAAAAUUACUUGUGUAAAGAGCAUGGCCCUGAGUGCCGUGAGCAGGUAGCCCAAAUCCCUUGUAGUGAGACUCUCUCCAAAGAGCUGCAGAAUGAACUAUCCAGCCUUCGGGCACAGUCUCAGGUUCUAGGAUGGAUUCUGAUAGCUGGUUUCAUGACUUUAGUACUGAUUUCCACAUGCAUCAAUCGCUGUCGUUCUCCAAUCAGUUUUCUUCAGCUCCAAUUCUGGAAAAUAUACUUGAAAAAAGAACAGGAGUUUUUUGAUAACAAGGCCAAAGAGCACGCAGCCAAGAUGGCGGAAAGAAUUGUGAGCUGCUACUUUGACUCUACUGAGCUAGAACCAUUUUACACUCCAAGCGACAAAGCCUGGUGGCAGAUCUCAUCUUUGUAUGCCUUUAAUACUAAAGAACAGUAUUACAGCAUGAUACACAAGUACAUUAGCUCAAAGAGAGAUGAGAGCAUCAGAUCGGCUGAAGGAGACAUGUUCCCUCCCAUUCUUGGGUUUGUGGAUGAGGCUGAAACACAGGUUCCAUAAUGACAUGAACAAUUUCUAUUCUACUUAGAGCUAUUAAAAUGUGGUCUUGUUCCACCCCAGUGGACCACAGAAGAUGCUGUCGUACCCGUAAGGGGUCGAGUGGUAUAACUUAUUUUAGGAUAGACACGCAGAUCUUUGAAGCAAGCUUUUGUUUAUUAAAAAGAAGAAGAAGAAACAGUAUACUCACAAAAACCAAUACAGCAUGCUUAAGCCUUAUUACUUCUUAUGCGCAAUUUCUAAAGACACCCUUAAAGAUUGUGUCUGGAGCAGAUCAGCUAAGCCGUCGGUUGUGCACUACCCACAAAGCUUCUCAAUUAUUUGUUCCCCCAGCAGUACGCUUCUAUGAGAACCCUAAGAUCUGGACACUUUGCUUAAAUUUGGGGUCAAAUUUAUUCGCAUCUAAGCGGAAUUUAGGACCAAAUUUGGAUUAACCUUUACUGUGAUUGGCUAAUCGUUAGAACAUUUUGUGGUUAGCAUGGUGAGUUGUUAGCUUCAUUUUGUACCGCAUUGUGGUGAGAUACCUUUUUCACCUCUGACCUUAAGAAGCUGAUUUUCUGGCCCUCUCAAGCAGUUGAUAUGGAGGAAGGAAAGAGAGAGAGGAAAGAAAAAAAAGAAAAAAAACAAAACAAAACUCCCAGAAGAGUAUACUCUAAGAGGCUUCGCCGUCGCUGAGAUGUUUCUUCAUGGUUUGCCAGUACAGGUGUUUCAUUGCUUUAACAAUGUUGUGAAACCACGUGUUUCCCUGUCUCGGCGGCUCAGCAGCAACUGCGCAGUCAGAACACUUGGGUUUCUCUUUUGUCAAGUUUGUACCUUGUUUCUGUACUGUCAGCAAAACAGUAGGUAUGGGUAUCACAGAUGCUAAUAAACCCAUUUCUGCCCAGGGCAGGGGGUCGGACCUGAUGAUCUGUUAGGUCCCUUCCAACCCUAAGUAAUAUGAUACUAUGAAACUUUUUGGCAAUUUUUUAAAAAUAUUUUUUUAAAAUGUCUUUAAUAAAAUGUAGAUUUCUGGAUAGCCAUUUUAAAAUAUUUUUUUCUCUAAAUUUUCCAGAUUAGGCCUGUUACAUAGCCUAAUCUCAUCAGCAAUGGUUUUUUUGGUGCUAUAAGAUAGUAUAAAAAAUGGCAAAAAAGUCUUGCAUUGGCUAGUUUCAGAGCUCAGGGUAUAUGGCAAUUUAGAUACCCAUCUUACAUGAAAAAUAUGUUUUUAAAAAGGAAGAAGCAGCAGCAUAGGUUUUGACUAACAGUAGUGGAGGAGGGUGUUAUGUGUACCUUGUACCACUGAGCAGGGAACACUCUAAUGAAUUCAUACUGAGGAAUUUGCUGGUAGCACUGAAGUGAAGGAACAAGGGAAAAGUUUAAGAACACAAAUCAGAAUGUAUCCUAGCAUAUUAGUAUUGAUUUGACAUGAAAAUAUGUCUGAAAGGGUAAUUAAAUUGUGGACCCCUUUGUGGUUUUUUUUGUCUGUGAGUUCCCCAGGCAAGAAACAUUCCCUUUGUAAGCAUGUUAACAGAAAGCAUUUUGUGGAUGCUACCAAAAAUAAACAUGAUGAUCUUUUUGGUAAUACCAGCUACAUUCUCAGCACUCAGUAAGUAAUGACUCUGUGAAUGUAAUGAAGUGUUUGUACAGAAUUUUACUAAGAUAAAGCAUUCCUAUUUCCAUAUAUGCUAGGAAAUUUGUACCAUUAUAAUGAAACUAAAAACUCCCCUCCUGGAAAUUUCCAUUUUCUUUACUGUGGUCUGAGAUUGGUUGUGAAUUGUAACACACAUUUUGUACUGGUUCCUUUGCUAAAAGCAUGAGACCAAAAGGCCACUGAAUCAGCAACAGCAAACUUCCAAUCUACAAUCAGGGUAAAAAAGAGCAGUGCAUUUCCAAUACUUGCUUUAUUUUGCCUUCUGUAUGGAAGCAAAAUAAAGUGAGUAUUGGGAAAGCACUGUUCUUUUUUAUUGUUUGAAGAAAGGUUUUUCACAUUACCAGUAUGAAUAUUUCUAGCAAAUAAAUAUACCUAAUGAUAUUAUUAAGAAAGAAUCUCUAAACAAUAAUGGCUGUCAAGGAGGUUAUAUCUUAAAAAGUCUAAGAAUUUGUUAGUAACCAGAUUCAAAAAGGGGUUAGAAAAAGUCAUAGAGGACAGGUCCAUUGGGAGCUAUUAAAGAGAGCAAUUAGGAAUAUAUUUUCUGACAUCCCUAAAUCAAGGAUGGUUGAUGCAGUAAGGUUAUGACAAGAGAUGGAUUACUCUCCUCAUAUCCUGUUCAUAUACUCUCCCUUUAAAGCAUUUUCUAAUUGUCACUGAUGGAGACAGGCCACUGGGCUAGAUGGACCUUUGAUCUGACCCAGAAGGGCACUUAUUAUGAUGUUACAUAAUUGAGGAUACAAGUUGAACAUGAGUGCCCUUGAAUUGCAAUCCUCCUCUGAAAAGUGACUUUGAAUGGCACUUACCUUGUUAGAGUAAAAACUAUUAAAGCCAGAUUCGAUUCCAUCUAUUAGACACCUAGAUGGACCUAAGUGUGAUCCUAUUCCACCCUGUGCAUGUCCCAGAAAAGUAAUUAAUGAAGAAUAUGGAUGUGAUCUUCUACCUGCUUUUAUUGACUUCAGUUUAAGGCUAAGAUGCUGGUGUGUUACUCUUUUCAGGAACAUCAGCAUGGUGGAGCAGGAUUACACUUAGGCACCUAAGUUCACUUAGGCUAAAAACAGACAUUGCCAAAUGAAGCAGAUCAGUUGUGUAGGCACAUCCAUCACACCAAAAUUUGUAUGGCCUCGCAAAGGCAAUGAAUGUUGUGACAUAACAGGCUUUUGGCUGUCUUUCACUUUAAGGGCUGGAGCAGGGAGCUGCCAGCUGGCUGAUGAAGGUGGCCAUUUUGGGGAGCUCUGUUAUAAAAGCAGAGCAGUUGGUGUGUAGCUGCUUGGGGAGCAACAUUGUUUGGUGAAGUUCCUGGAAUAUCCUGGUAAGGGCAGAAGCUAGGGGGUUGGCAUGGAGGCUCCUGGUUUGCAAUAUGAGCUAAAACUGCACCCUGCCAGGAUAGGGAGGCCUGCUGGGACUGCUGGUGGCAGGGCAGCCCAGCCCCAUUUAAAUACCAGGACUGAUCACCUCCCUGGUGUAAGGGAGGUUGGGGUCCCUAAACCCCUGAUCCCACCUUUGGGUGGGUUACUAGGAGAGUUAGGGGGGCAAGGUAAGCUUGGGAGAAGUGCCUGAGUCCCAUAGGGUUUUGGACCCUGGAGGUGUUUGGGGUGGAAGACCCCAGGCCCUAGUGUAAGGGGUGGGGUUGUGGCCUGAGAGAGGGGUAUAAUGGUCUGGUAAAGGGUCAGGGGCAAAGUAGGCACCGAGUUGAGCAAUUGCUCAGUCCUGUUUGGGUAAGGGUCAUGGAAGAGGCCCAAAAGACCAUGCCAAGGCUAACCAAGGGGUGGAGAGCAAAGCCCAAGGAUCUCUGUGAGUAGGGUGGUGGGAAUGUGGCCUGGAUAAGCUGUGUGCAAGAGACUGGGUAAGAGCUGUUGGAGUGCAAGAAACCCUGGUGAGAAGAGAGUGGUGUAUGGCCCAGAAGGGGGCAGUAUGCAAAGGAUACAACUGUGUACCUAGUUUGGCCUGGCCUUAAGCCAGAGUAUUAUCACACAGGGGGACAUCAGUGAGGCAUGGGACAUGUAUAGGGAUGGGUGGAGCAAAUAAAAGAUAUCAAAUUCACCCAAGGAACCUGGUCUGCCUAUAUCACCCAUGGUCAUUUGGGUGCACAAAGGGCAGCCUCCUGCCUAUUUUACAUCAUAGCCAUUUACCAACGAGGCAGGCAGGUGAACAAGGCGAGUGGUGUGCCCGGAGACAGGGCAGGGCCAUACUAGUACCAGGCCUGGAAGCUGCUCUUGUCACAAAUACAAUGCUUGUUUCUACCCUUAGACAUCUAAUAAGUGAAACAGAAUCUGGCCAGUAGCGCAGACUGAGUGCAUAAUUAGGGCAGUAGAAGUGGGCAGCAAAUAGUUUUCCUAUUACAUGGGAGAAACAGGUAUGGCUUCUUGCUGUGCCCCAAUCACAUCACGAAUCUGAAUUUAGGGCUCCCAAUUUAGUGUAUAUUAAGUAAUCUGUACUGAUUUGUCUCUCGGUUUUCAUACUAAUGGUGUCCUGCUGGGGAGUAGGAACAUUACUAAAUUCUUGAAAGAUUUCAAAGGAUAGGAAAACUGCUUAUUGCUUUUCAGAAUGUGUUUUAGACCCUGCAAAGUUUAGUGUAUUUAGUGUCUUUUUCAGUUUAUUUGUAAACUGAAAAAGACACUAAAUACAAAGAAACACUGUUUAUAUCUGUUUUGACUGACAUAGAGACUUCAUUUAAAUCCUGCAUAAUAUACUUUAAGAUCAGUUCCUGAGGUGAUGUAUAUGAUGCUAUGCUAUGACAGUCUGAAACUAUAUGACAGUCUGGCCUUUAGUUGUCAGUAAGAUUAUCACAUUAGUCAGGCCUCAAUUUACACAGUAAUUUUUUUUUUUAUGGUUUCAGUUAUGCACGGUCAAUUAAUUGUGAUCCUUUAUUUUUGUACACGGUAUGGAUUCACUUUUACACAGUGCAGCAUGGUCGCCAAGAUACGCAGAUGUGUCUAGAAUCAGCUGGUCGCUUCCCAUUCCAUCUCCUCCACACUGCUCUCAAUGUAGCUGGUAAGUGUGUUGUGUUGUGGUAGAAGGAGAGUGAAGAGGGAAGGGGCAUG